CUCCUGAAAAAUAAAAAGCAUAGUAUAUGGAAGAUUGAAUUGAAGGUAACCUAACCUAACAGAAUCAAAGAGAAAACCCAUCCAUCAUUGAUCGAUCAAUCAUCAAUUUUAGGGUUUGUUGAGUGAGUUUGUGGUAAUGACAAUGGCGGGUCCAGGGCAAUUGAACGUGAUUGAAUCACCUUCGCGUGGAUCUCGUAGCGUCGAUUGCUUUGAGAAAUUGGAGCAAAUCGGCGAAGGCACUUAUGGUAUGGUUUAUAUGGCUCGAGAGAUCGAAACUGGUGAAAUUGUUGCUCUCAAGAAAAUACGUAUGGAUAAUGAAAGAGAAGGGUUUCCUAUUACUGCUAUACGCGAAAUCAAAAUUCUAAAGAAACUACAUCAUGAAAAUGUUAUCAAGUUGAAGGAAAUCGUUACGUCUCCAGGCCCCGAGAAAGAUGACCAAGGAAGGCCAGAUGGAAACAAAUACAAAGGGGGCAUAUAUAUGGUCUUCGAAUAUAUGGACCAUGAUUUAACAGGUCUUGCGGACCGGCCUGGCAUGAGAUUUACUGUCCCCCAGAUUAAGUGUUACAUGAGGCAGCUUUUGACGGGACUUCACUAUUGUCAUGUCAAUCAAGUGCUUCAUCGUGAUAUCAAAGGCUCAAAUCUUCUCAUAGAUAACGAAGGUAAUCUGAAGCUGGCAGAUUUUGGAUUGGCAAGGUCAUUUUCAAAUGAGCAUAAUGCAAACCUUACAAAUCGAGUCAUCACUUUAUGGUACAGACCCCCUGAGUUACUAUUGGGGACAACAAGGUACGGGCCAGCUGUUGAUAUGUGGUCUGUUGGGUGCAUUUUCGCUGAGCUUCUGCACGGGAAGCCCAUCUUUCCUGGAAAAGAUGAGCCAGAGCAAUUGAACAAGAUUUUUGAGUUGUGUGGAGCACCGGAUGAGGUGAACUGGCCUGGAGUUACCAAGACUCCUUGGUACAAUCAGUUUAAGCCAUCAAGACCGAUGAAAAGGCGUCUGAGGGAAGUUUUCAGACAUUUUGAUCGCCAUGCAUUGGAAUUGUUGGAGAAGAUGCUCACACUUGAUCCAGCUCAGAGAAUUCCUGCCAAAGACGCACUUGAUGCUGAGUACUUCUGGACUGAUCCAUUACCAUGUGAUCCCAAGAGUUUACCCAAGUACGAGUCAUCACAUGAGUUUCAGACCAAGAAAAAGCGUCAGCAGCAACGGCAAAAUGAAGAAAAUGCCAAGCGUCUUAAAAUGCAGCAUCCACAGCAGCAUACCCGUCUUCCUCCGAUUCAGCAGGGUGGACAUGCCCAAAUGCGGCAAGGUCCUAACCACCUUAUUCAUGGCUCUCAACCAGCAGGUGCUGCAGGACCUAGCCAUCAUUAUGGGAAGCCUCGAGGUCCCUCAGGUGGUCCAGGAAGGUAUCCUCCGGGUGGGAACCCUAGUGGGGGAUACAAUCAUCCAAAUCGUGGGGGUCAAGGAGGGGGUGCCGGUUAUGGCAGUGGACCAUAUCCUCCUCAAGGGCGGGGGGCACCUUAUGGGUCUAGUGGUAUGCCUGCAGGAACUGGUGGUGGUCCUCGUGGUGGAGGUGGCUUUGGAGCUCCAAAUUAUCCUCAAGGUGGUCCUCCAUAUGGUGGAUCGGCUGCUGGUCGUGGGAAUCGCAACCAACAGUAUGGUUGGCAGCAGUAGAACAUUUUCUUAUCACAGACAGUUAAUAUUAUUGUAAUAUGGUGAUGCUCCAUGAGAUGGUUUAUGAUAAGGAGUGAUAGUAGGAUGAGAGAUGAUGGAUUGAAUAGUAUUUGGGAAAAUUAUAUGUUCUUUGUGGAUUUUAGAUUGUUUAUAUUACAGUAUGAUUAUUACUUAUCUGUAUGGAAGCCUUUGUGAUAAAAUGAAGGGGAACAAAACGAAACGGAGAUUUUAUUCCA